UAACAGAUCUUUCAAUGUCGAAACGCACCGUGAAGAUGGGCGUCAUGGGCCGCUAUGGGGUUCGCUAUGGUGCGAACCCCCGUAAGCGCGCCAAGAAGCUUGAGAUCUCUCAGCACGCCAAACACUUCUGCUCGUUCUGUGGUAAAUUCGGUUUCUGCCGAAAGGCCGUUGGCAUCUGGCGUUGUGGAGGCUGUGGAAAGACGAUGGUCGGUGGUGCUUAUACCCUGAGCACCCCCAACAACAGCACUGUCCGGUCCACCGUGCGCCGCCUGCGCGAGCUUGGAAAGAACUAAGACAAAGAUCUGGGUCUCCAUAUUUAUUACUUUCAUUUUUCUAUUAUAACUUUUAAAAA